ACCUACUUGUUGAAGUCAUAUGAACUGAAAAAAGAACGAAUCACUUUAGGAAGUGAUUCGUUCACUCACGUUCACUGAAAAGAGCCGUUGUUUUUAACGAAUAGUUCACUCAGGGGCUAACGGUAUUUGCCACUGCUUGUCAAGCAUUUUGCAGCAAGUCGGAUUUUAACGCGACGAUGUUCACUCUUCUGUUCAGUAGUGUUUUAGCGGCUUCGCUAGCUCUUCUUUUCUAUCAGAAACUGUAUCACCCCUUUUACUGGGUCGAUUUGAGGUAUUAUUUGAAACUCCGGAUGUACAAAAAGUCGUUGAACGCUCGCAUGAAGCAAGGAAUCAUCACAUAUUUGGACUGCUUUCUCCUUCAGACGAGUAGGAACCCGAACAAGCCCUUCAUUCUCUUUAAAAAUCAAAGGCUGACUUAUCAAGAUGUGGACAGAAGAAGUAAUCAGUUUGCGAACGCGUUCAGGGAGAGUUCUUUGAAACAAGGAAGCAUUGUUGCUCUGUUAAUGUACAACCACCCGGAUUUUGUUUGCGUAUGGCUGGGACUGAGUAAACUGGGAUGUGAAGUAGCGUUUCUUAACACCAACAUUAAAGCUAAAUCGUUGCUUCGCUGCAUUGAGAGUUGUGGAGCCAAGACGCUUGUUGUGGGCAGAGGUUUGGAUCAUUUGGUGGAGCCCGUUUUGUCUGACCUAAAGAAAGACAACAUAUCUGUGUGUGUGAUGCAUCACUCACCAAUUUCUGAGGGUUUAAUCAGUUUACUCAAUAAAGUGGAAAAUAUGUCAACAGGAAACAAAAGUGGCCCACCCAACGUUAACAUCAUGUCCAACUUCCUCUUCAUAUUUACUUCUGGAACCACAGGUUUCCCAAAGGCAGCACGUGUGGGUCACCUUAAAGCCAUUAUGAGUAUGGCAUUCUUUCAGAUGUGCGGCGCUACAUCUGAUGACAUCGUCUAUAUCACUCUUCCUCUUUACCACAUGUCUGCUUCCCUGUUAGGCAUUGGAGGAUGCAUACAGCUUGGUGCAACUUGUGUCUUAAGGAAAAAGUUCUCAGCAACUCAGUUUUGGAAGGACUGUGUCAAAUAUAAUGUGACAGUGGUGCAGUACAUAGGCGAGCUCUGUCGAUAUCUGGUCAACCAUGCCGUGGUUCCAGAAGAGAACAGUCACAGUGUUUGGCUUGCAGCAGGAAGCGGGCUUCGAUCAGAUGUGUGGAAGGAAUUUGCUGAACGCUUUCAUACACUCAAGGUCAGAGAAGGUUAUGGUUUAACUGAGGCCAGCAUAGGCUUUCUCAACUAUACUGAUGAGAUUGGACCGAUUGGGAGAGCAAGCUACUUCAACAAGCUUACAGUACCCUUUGAACUCCUGAGAUAUGAUACACAAACAUAUGAACCAUUCAGAACUGUGUCUGGAAGAUGUGUACGAGCGCACAUAGGUGAGGUUGGUAUCCUGGUUGCCCCUGUGACGGCUAUGAACCAGUUCUUGGGUUACGCUGGAAAUAAGGUCCAGUCUGAAAAGAAGUUGAUCAAGGAUGUGUUUGUAACGGGUGAUCUCUAUUUUAACACCGGAGACCUCCUGCUGCAGGACCACAGAGGUUUUCUUUACUUCCGUGACCGCAUUGGAGACACUUUCAGGUUAUGGGCCCAGGUAAAUCCAACACCGCAUGUUCCCACCGACGUACUGGUGAUGGUAGCACGCUGUGAGCACCAUGAGCGGACGGGCUGCAGAGAGGAACAGUUUUGCUAGCCGCUGGUCGCGGUUAAUGUUCGACGGUGAUGAAAAGAAUUACGAAUUAUGGGAGGCAAAGUUUUUGGGCCACCUGCGAUUGCAGGAUUUGAAAGACGUUAUCUUAAACGAGCCCACAACCGAGGAAGAAGACGAACUACAGCAAGACGCUAGAAAGAAUGAGGAAGCGUAUGCAGAACUCAUUCAGUUUUUGGAUGAUAAAAGUUUGUCGCUGGUGAUGCGCGAUGCUGCAGAUGACGGGCGAGGGGCCCUACAGAUCCUAAGAAACUACUAUCAAGGCAAAGGCAAGCCACGCAUCAUAAGUCUCUACACAGAACUGACAUCACUACAGAAGUCUGAGAGUGAAAGUGUGACCGAGUAUGUGAUCCGGGCAGAGACCGCAAUCACAGCGCUGAGAAAUGCCGGUGAGACAUUAAGUGAUGGACUAUUGGUAGCAAUGGUGUUAAAAGGUCUGCCGGAGUCCUUUAAACCAUUUGCAAUCCAUGUCACACAACGUGAUGAAACGAUGCAGUUCUCUGAAUUCAAAACAAAGAUGCGCAGUUACGAGGACACAGAGAAGAUGCGGGCUGAAGCAGAUGAUAACGUGAUGAACGUACGGCAGAGGAGAGCGAGACCUGACAGACCAACUGACAGAGGAGCCGAGAGGAGCGCCGCGGAGGUGGUGUGCUUCAAGUGCGGCCUGAAGGGCCACAUGGCCAGAGCCUGCCGGCGUAAACUGUGGUGCAGUCAUUGCAAGAGCAGCACACACCGGGACGCGACCUGCAGGCGGAAGCAGCGCGUCAACCGGGACGACGCACGGAGGGUCCACGGGGAGACUGAAGACCAGGACCGAGACGAGUACUUCUUCCGAGUGAGCGAGGGGGCAGCAAGAGUCGACGUGAGAGGCCUGAUGGUUGACUGCGGGGCUACCUCGCACAUCAUCACAGACCUGGCAAAAUUCAAGCGGUUUGAUGACGGGUUCCAGGCCGAGACACACUGCGUGGAGCUGGCGGACGGCACGCGGUGCAAGGGCGUCGCGGAGCGCCGAGGUGAUGCAGAAGUCUGCCUGAUCGACAGCACAGGUAGACACCUGAACGCAACGCUGAGGCAGGCGCUGUACAUCCCAUCCUACCCACAAGACAUCCUAUCCGUGAAAGCAGCUACGGCCAGGGGAGCCACUGUGGUCUUCAAGGAGGAGAAGAACGUCCUCAUCUACCAAGACGGUACGAAAUUCCCCAUCCACGUACGUGAUAGACUAUAUUAUUUGCAUACAGUACAUGAUGAUGAUGAUUGUGAUCAUGAUCAGUGUAAAGGAUGUCAUGAUAUUCAGACGUGGCAUGAGAUACUGGGACACUGCAACUAUAAAGACAUUCAGAAAUUACAAAAUGUUGUUGAUGGCAUGAAAAUUAAGGGGUCAAUAAGCAAACCUCAACAUUGUGAAGUGUGUACUAAAGGAAAGUUUUUCCAAACCAGGAACAAAGAUCCUGAUGUGAGGGCUAAGACCCCUCUAGAACUAGUUCACACAGAUUUGGCAGGGCCAAUCCAUCCAGAAUCUAAAGAGGGUUACAGAUAUGCAGUUUCAUUUACUGAUGAUUUUUCCAGCACUGUUUUUGUGUAUUUCUUAAAGAACAAAAGUGACACUGUUCAAGCUACAGAAAGGUUUCUGGCUGAUGUAGCCCCAUAUGGCAAAGUAAAAUGUAUCCGAUCUGAUAAUGGUACUGAAUUUACAAGUAAAUAUUACCAGACUUUGCUCACUAAAAACGUGAUUAAACAUCAGACAUCAGCACCGUACUCUCCUCAUCAAAAUGGUACUGCUGAGCGCAAUUGGCGAACACUUUUUGACAUGGCAAGGUGUAUGCUCAUUGAUAGUGGUUUGCCAAAACAACUAUGGACCUAUGCAGUCCAAACUGCUGCUGUGAUCCGGAACAGGUGUUUUAACAAAAGAACAGGGCAGACAGCCAUUCAGAUGUUGACAGGAAGAAGACCAAAUUUGUCUAGGAUGCAGAGGUUUGGUUCAGAGUGUUAUGCCUAUAAACAAGACAAGAGAAAGCGUGAUCCAAGGUGUGAAAAAUGUGUUUUUAUUGGGUAUGAUAAAACCAGUCCUGCAUACAUUGUGUAUUCCCCUAUCAGUAAGAAAGUGCAAAAGCACAGAUUGGUAAAGUUUGUGGCAAAAUCAGGUGUAGAACAACAAACACAGACUAAUGUCACAGAUGAGGAUGAUGACUUUGUAAAAACCAAACCAAGAAGUCCAAAUCUUGUGUUCGGAGAACAAAAACCUGAAGUCAGCCACCACCAACCACAACAAGAAAGAGCUGAGAUCAAACGUGAGCCUGAUGGUAGCCGUUACCCUACCAGAGAGAGAAGGCAGCCAGACAGAUACACAGAUUGUAAUGUGUCCAAAUAUGUGUCUGAUGAUGAAGAGACUGAUCAAGUCCAGAGUAACAUUGAUUACUGUUAUCGCGUAAUGUUUAACAUACCUGUGUCAUUUUCAGGAGCUGUAGCCUCAGAUAAGGCAAAAGAGUGGGUUAAAGCCAUGGAUGAGGAAAUGCAUUCACUUAAAGAAAACAACACAUUUACCCUGACCAAUUUGCCAGAGGGCAAGAAAGCAGUGGGGGGUAGAUGGGUGUAUGCCAUUAAAACAGAUGUUGAUGGAUCUGAGAAGUACAAGGCCCGAUAUGUUGCUAAGGGAUAUAGCCAGAAGAUGGGUGUGGAUUAUGGGGAGACAUUUUCUCCUACAGCUAAUAUGACCAGUGUUAGAGUUCUGAUGCAGAAAGCAGCGCAGGAAAAGUUGAUUUUACACCAAAUGGAUGUGAAAACCGCAUAUUUAAACGCACCCAUAGACUGUGAGAUCUACAUGGAACAACCAGAAGGGUAUGAGGAGAGAUCCCAAACAGAUAGGAAGUUAGUAUGCAAAAUUGAGAAGUCAUUGUAUGGGUUAAAACAAUCAGGCAGAAAUUGGAAUAAGUUGUUGCAUGAUCAUUUGACAGAAAAUUAUUUUACCCAAAACCAAGCUGACCAUUGUGUUUACACAAGAGAGACAGAACAUGAGAAAGUCAUUGUGAUAAUAUGGGUUGAUGACCUAUUAAUUGCAGCAAGUAAUGAAGAAGCUAUGGAGGUCACAAAAGACAUGCUGACAGCAAGGUUCAAAAUGCAGGACCUGGGUAAACUGAAAAAUUUCUUGGGCAUCGAUUUUGAGCAAACCAGUAACUGUGUAACAAUGUCUCAAGCUAAAUAUGUUGAGAAAAUUUUAGAUAGGUUUAAUAUGCAAGAUUGCAAAGGUAGAUCGACACCUUGUGAACAAAAACUGAACUACACAGAUGAUGCUGCGUUAUUGAGUGAUGUUUCAAUGUACAGAGAAGCAGUGGGUAGUCUUAUUUAUUUAACUGUAUGUACAAGACCUGACUUGAGUUUUAUUGUAAGCAAGCUGUCACAGUAUUUUAAUCAACCUACUGUUGAACAUUUUUGUACAGUUAAACAUGUGCUAAGAUAUUUAAAGGGUACUAGUGACAAGAAGUUGUGCUACCAAAUGAGUGAUGAAAACCUGGGUAUAAAAGCCUACAGUGAUGCGAACUGGGCUGGUGAUAUAGAUCGACGUAGUACAACUGGUUAUUGUGUAACUCUAUCUCAGGGUGGUACUUUAGUGUCAUGGAAGACAAAAAGACAGCCAACUGUAGCACUGUCUACUUGUGAGGCAGAAUAUAUUGCUCUGGCUGCAACCAUCCAAGAAUGUCUAUACCUCACACAACUGCUAGAUGGUAUUGAUAAACAUGUGUAUAAGCUACCUGUAGUGUUUGAAGACAACCAAGGCACGAUUGCAUUAGCAAAGAAUCCUGUUAAAAGACAGCGAUGCAAACAUGUGGAUAUUAAAUACCACUUUAUCCGGUCCAAUGUUACCGAGGGUAAACUGUCUCUUGUGUACUGUCCGACUGAACAUAUGGUUGCGGAUGUAAUGACCAAGCCUGCAACAAAAUUUAAGUUGGCAAAAUUUGCUGGAUUUAUGUUUGGGUCUAACUAAAGGAAAAUGGACUUGUUUUCUGACUAAAAUGUCAAGGUACUCUUUUCUUUAGGUUUAUAAUGUGAGAGCAAGUGGGGGUGUUGAGAGAUGCUCCCAAUUAUACAUUUUCUAUUGUAUGUUUUGUCAUAUGUUUAAAUAGUGUUAUUUUCUUAUGAUAGUAUCUUGAUUAUUGUAUGAUUGAAACCACCUGUGAUGACCCGUUAAGUGGGCGUGUUUAAUAAAAAGCCUUCCUGCAUGCUGCACAGUUGGGUCCCUACAAGCCAACGCCGCAGUAGUCGCAGUGAAUGGUGUCCAACGGA